CCGCCCCGCGGCACGCCGGGCUCGGGCCGCCAUCCCGACCGGGUGGUCCUCGUGGUGCCCCCGGGGGGCCGAGCCGGGGCGGAGAGCGGGCGGGGCGGCGGCGGCCAAUGGGGGCAGCCCCAGCCCGGGCUCCCUCGGGCCCGGAGGGCGCGGGGGUGUAGCGGGGGGCCGGGGGGUGUUGCCCCGGAGGUCCGCGGGGCGAAACUCUGCGCCGCGUCCCCGGGGGACGGCGCGGUCAGUGGGCGUUUCGUGCCGCCGAACCGACAGCUGGGCUGCUCCUGCCGCUGGUGGCUGCCUUCUCUUGCAUGUAAAAAUAGAUGGAUUUUAUUCGAGUGUCUCCCUUGAAACCUGCAGACCGCACGGGCUCUUCCAUCUCACCUCGCUGUGGUGGAAGCGUCGUCAUACUGGUCUGGGGUUUUUAACCCCUCUUCGUCUCGUGUUUUCUCUGUCUGGGACAAAUCACGAACUUAAGGAAAGUAAGGAUUAGAAAUCCUUCUAAUGCCAGCAUGCCUGGCAGCCUGACCUGCUGACUGAAAUAACAGCACUUGAAGAGUCCACUCCAUUGCCAGCAUUGAUUGCUUGUGCUCUGACGUGAUAGGAGAAACAUGCCUACCUAAAGCACACAUAGAUUGUGGGUGCUGAGAGGCAGCCUGUUGGCAUGGAUGUUAUGCUUUGAAUGUGGUCUGCUGCAAGCAUCCCGUCUUCAUUGCAAUGGAGUUGAAUUCAGAAGAAACUAUUACAAAAUCGAUUGAUUUCAGGCGGUUUCUGCGUGUCUGCGCUUGCACCAUUUAGAUAAAAGCAAGGCAUCUCCAAUGGGCAUAAAUUUGAUUUAUUUGGCAAAGUGCUAAAAAUCGUGGCUAAAGCUAAAGCAAAAUCAGUGGGUGAUUUGCACCAUAACAGUCAGAGGCGUGAGCCUUGAAUCACACAGUGUGGCAAGCAAGUAACUGGGCAAAGAGAAAGGACGGAGCAUGAGAUACACAAGAAAUCUUGUGGACAAUGGAAAUGGAAAGUUCAACUUGAUGAUCUUGUGCUGGGGUGAAGGACAUGGCAGCAGCAUCCAUGACCACACUGAUUCACACUGCUUUAUGAAGAUUCUCCAGGGAAAUCUAAAGGAGACUCUGUUUGAAUGGCCUGAGAAAAAAGGGAAUGGUGAAAUGACUAAGAAAUCAGAGCGAGUUUUGAGAGAAAAUCAAUGUGCCUAUAUUAAUGACUCCAUUGGCCUGCACCGUGUGGAGAACAUCAGCCACACAGAGACUGCUGUCAGCCUGCAUUUGUACAGCCCGCCCUUUGACAGCUGCAACACCUUUGACCAGAGGACCGGGCACAAGCACAAAGUCAAGAUGACCUUCUACAGCCAGUUUGGAGAAAGGACUCACUGUGCCAUGGCAAUGCCACAGGAGAACAACUGAGGAGCGCCGACACGCAUUUGCACAAGACCUGCUGAAUGUUGAACCAGGGACAGAAGACUCACGUGGCUCUUUGUAUACUUCUUGUGUGUAGACCUACACUAGGGCAGCUUCCAGCAACCCCCCAUUUUCCCUGAGUGAAUGGUGAUCACGGGACACUAAGCCAGCUAGUGCCAUCAACUACUUCAGAGGUUAGAUGCCUUUCCUUGGGCUACUGCCAAGUCAGAAUUAAGUAGUUUGUUUUCUGAUUCUAGCCUCCUUUUGAUUCUGCUUCUGUUAGCACACUGAGAGUAUCAGGAAUAGGGCUUUAAACAUCAUCUGACACUACUUAAUAGGCCUAGAUGUGUGUAUAUUCUCAGUGUCAUUAAUAACCACGUACACUUGUAAGCUUCCAGUCACUUGUACCUAUGGGUAGUACACUAGAUACGAUUAGCAGAUUUUUUUUUUUUUAUUAACUCUUAGGUUUUAAUGAUCUAAGCCAUUUUGAUAGUUUUGUGCAUUUUUUACCUUUUUUUUUUUUUUUUUUUUUACGAUUUCAUUUUUCGGAUCUUGUUUUAAAUAGGAGCAGCAAAAUGCUUCACGUGCAAUGAUUUUCAAAUCUGAUUGGGCAGAGAUUUGGGGUUUUAAUAAGGCUAAUCAUACUUAACACAGCUGAUGUCCAGUUUCCAAAGUGUUCUGUGUAGCUACUGAAGUCCUUUCAGGUAACUGAAAUAAAACUGGAUUUGUGCACAGA